AUGACAGAAGAUGUCGACCAGCACAUCCUCGACAAAUACGAGCUUCAGAAGCGCUUGGGCAAAGGGGCAUAUGGGAUUGUCUGGAAGGCGCACGACAAACGCACAAAGGAGACCGUUGCCCUCAAGAAGAUAUUUGACGCGUUUCGGAAUCAGACUGAUUCCCAGCGUACGUUUCGUGAAGUAAUGUUUUUGCAAGAAUUUGGGCGUCAUCCAAAUGUUAUAAAAUUGUUUAAUAUAUUAAAAGCAGAUAACGAUAGAGACAUGUAUCUUGUAUUUGAAUAUAUGGAGGCCGAUUUGCAUAACGUCAUCAAGAAAAUGACGAUUCUGAAGGACAUCCACAAGCAAUAUAUUAUGUGCCAGCUCUUUCGGGCAAUUCGAUUUUUGCAUUCUGGAAAUGUGCUGCAUCGUGAUUUAAAACCGUCAAACGUACUCCUGGACGCCGAUUGCCGAGUGAAGCUGGCAGAUUUUGGCUUGGCGAGGUCAUUAUCAUCGUUAGAAGACUAUCCCGAGGGUGAACAAAUGCCGGAGCUUACGGAAUACGUAGCCACCAGGUGGUAUCGAAGCCCGGAGAUAUUACUAGCGGCUAAAAGGUAUACGAAAGGCGUGGAUAUGUGGAGUUUGGGGUGUAUUCUUGGAGAAAUGUUGUUAGGACGGGCCCUGUUUCCCGGGACUUCUACAAUAAAUCAGAUCGAGAGGAUAAUGAAUACGAUAGCGAGGCCUUCAAAGGGGGACAUUGACAGUAUUGGGAGCCACUACGCUGCAUCGGUUUUGGAGAAAAUGCCGACGAGACCACGAAAACCGAUCGAUAUCUUCAUUCCGUCGAGCAACCCGAACGCGAUCGACUUGAUCCACCGGCUUCUCCUUUUCGCUCCUCAUCGCCGGCUGACCGUUGAGCAAUGCCUCGUCCACCCCUAUGUCCUCCAAUUCCACAAUCCUUCUGAUGAACCUGCACUACCGUAUGACGUCUCUCUGCCUCUUCCUGACCAUAUACAAUUGACGAUUGAUGAUUAUAGAAACAAACUCUACGACAUGAUCUCCGCGAAAAAGACCCACAUCCGCCGCAUCCAACACGAGCGCAUCCGCCAACAAGUACAGCAACAAUCAAAUCAACCGCCGUAUUAUAACCAUUAUGGCAAUGGCUAUUACAAGGAACAACAACCGAAAAUGAGGGAAAGGGCAGCCUCCGCUGAUUCUCGGACGUCUUCAAAGACUCUGGUGCAAAAUGGGUCCGCGAAGAGGUCGUCGGAGAAGCAGAGGAGAAAGUCGCAGGAUAGGAACUCUGAGAAGUACGGGUCAACAGAAAAAAUGCGGGUGUUCGCGAGCAUCAAGGGCGCCACGUCCACGCUGAUGAAACAACCGCAAAAAUUCCUGGGAAACGGGCAC